AUGUUUCAUACCAUCAAGAGGCAGUUCACGGUAAUACGCAACCCAGUAGUAACGCGUCUCCUACACCGCACCAACACCAACACCAAUUUGACAUCCACAUUAGCCUACACUACCGCCCGCAACUUGUCGUUUAAAAUCCCCAAUGUAUUCAAGGCAGUUCAACAAGCCAAUAAAAUCGACGAAAGAUUCGACGAAUUAGGCAAAUCACCCACUGAAAAUAAAGUCCAACAAGUAAUUGAUGCAGUUAAAGAUACACCCGAACUACUAUUCCAAUUGAAUUUUUUCUUUUACGAAUGUAAAAAAUUGGGCAUAACGCAUGAUAAUGUUGGUCAACGUAAACGUCAUUGGAAAUACUGGCCCCUGAUGAUUUUGAAAUUGAUUCCGUUGAAUUCAGCAUUAUGGGAUACCUGUUAUCUGUUGGAUAAAGCACAACAUCAACAUAGAUUGACUCCCUUUAAAAUUAAUGAUAUUGGAUUAUUAGAUCCCAAGAAUUUCCCCCCUGAUUUUAUUCAGCAGUUGGCUACUGGUAAAUACAAUGGAAUUGAUUUUAGAAAUGUAAUCAUUUUUGCAUUUUCAAGACCUAAAUUUACAAAUACCACCACUACCGAUGCUACGACAAAUAAUCAUAAACCACGGUCUAACUAA